AGUAAGUAAAUGUCCUUUUCUUUACCUGAACCAAAAACUCUUCCUCCAUUACAUGUGGUUAUUGCACCGUGGACUUCUCCAUGCCUCGACAAGCACUUCUAGCAGAGUUUCCUUUGAAAUCAAGCUUGUUUUUGGGGUUUCUGCCUCGGAAAUGCAGCAUUUUUAAUUUGUUCCUGACUUGCUUGAUCCUGGGUUUUCUAUCUAUGCUCUGGUUGCAACUCAGCUGUACUGGUGGUGAUGUGAACAAGAGAGCAAUUCAGGAUGAAGUCUCUUCUCAGAAGUCCUGCCCCCAGAUUCCUAGGACUGUGAAUGAAGAUCCCUCAUGGGGUCCUCACCGGCUUGCUUUGCUGAUCCCUUUUCGGGAGCGAUUUGAAGAACUUAUGAGCUUUGUUCCUCAUAUGCAUCAGUACUUGAUACAGAAAAAAAUCCUUCAUCAUAUUUUCAUCAUCAAUCAAGUGGAUCAUUUUCGAUUUAAUAGAGCUUCUCUGAUUAAUGUGGGCUUCCUGGAGAGCGGGAAUGAAACGGAUUACAUAGCAAUGCAUGAUGUGGACCUGUUGCCUCUUAACCUUGAUUUGGAUUAUGGCUUCCCGGAUAAGGGACCGUUCCACGUGGCCUCCCCAGAGCUGCACCCACUUUAUCAUUACAAGACAUAUGUGGGAGGGAUUCUGCUGCUCACCAAACAGCAUUAUGAAAUGUGCAAUGGAAUGUCCAAUCGAUUCUGGGGAUGGGGUAGGGAAGAUGACGAGUUUUACAGAAGGAUAAAAGGAGCUGAACUAGAGCUCUUUCGUCCGACAGGAAUAAGCACAGGAUACAAAACUUUCCGUCACAUACAUGACCCUGCAUGGAGGAAGCGAGACCAGAAGAGGAUUGCUGCUCAGAAGCAGGAGCAGUUUAAAGUGGAUCGGGCAGGAGGUUUGCACAGUGUUAAGUAUCGUGUGGAAUCAAGGUCAGAGGUCACCAUCAGUGGAGCCCCUUGCACAGUACUGAAUGUUCUCCUGGAAUGUGACUUGGGGCACACACCAUGGUGUGUCUUUAACUGAGGCCCGACAGCUAUUUCCAACAAGUCUGAUGAAAUUUUAGCCAAUAAUGAACUCCGAGACAUUUUUUAUACAAUAAUAAACAGCACCCAAUUCUACAGAGUGCUCAUAUUUUAUUUGGGAUUUUACACCAAAUGACCUACCACAUGGACCUGCAAGUAUCCAACAAUGAAGGAAAACCGUUUAUUUACGGGAUUAAUGUCUACAUGAAAGUUGCCUUGCCAUUCUGUUUGGUAAAAAGACUGUUACUUUA